CCGCGGUGCAUGCUGGGUGAUAUUGAGGCAGGGUAGCAGCAGCAGCGGCACCGGCUGACUCAACCUUCAGUUUCUGCUUCACUUUCAGCCGUCCGGCACUCCUCAGGUGGCCCACAUCUGACACCUUAUGGACGGCACCGGCUUUACCUGAGUCAUGGACAUCAGCGGAGGACAUCUCACGGUGUAGCCAGGAGGAUUCGUUGACUGCCAGAGAAUCAUGGAGCCCGAUGUGAUCCGCUUGUACAGCUCCUCCCCGCCCCCGAUGGAGGACGGCGCCGAGGAGGAGGACGAGUUUGGAGACUUCGACACCUUCUCCAACGUCCCUCACAGCAUCAGCUUCACAGAAUUCGAAACCCCGGCUAAUUUUAACCAGAAUGAAGCUUUUAGCGCCACUUCCCCCCCUGAGCUCCUGAACAGCAGGGGGCUGACGGCGUUCAGCCACAGCUCCUCUAACGGCACCCACAACGAGCUGUCCAAGGCUAAUGGCGUUGUGCCGGGGAGCCACCUGGGCCCCUCAGAAAGAACUGAGAUUAAAAAGGUCCUCUCGGGCUCUGUGGAUUUCUCCGUGAGCGACAGCGAGCCGGCUGGUUGUAACGGCGGAGGCUCUGAAGUGCUAACAAACGGGUUUGCAACCUUCGAUGUGCAGGGAAGCCCCUCCUCGCAGGAUUCUGUCCACUCUUGUAAAAAAGCAACGUCAACUGAGGACACGGGCAGCGUCCCAGCCGAGGAUGAUUUUGCAGACUUUGCUGCUUUUUCCAAUGCUGAAGGACACGGCAGCCAGACGGCAAACGAGGACUCGGACAAUCCCCCGGGAGGCAGCUUGCUGGCGGAGGCUGCCUGCCACGAGGAGCACUGUGAUGUAGAGCAGGACAACACAUCAGAGGACAGGGACACAAACAGAACUGGACCCGACACGUGUGGCUCUGGUCUCGCUGAGGGCCCGGACGGCUCGUGCAACACAGACCGGGGCCCCCACUCUGACUCUGGUCCCGCUGAGGGCCCGGACGGCUCGUGCAACACGGACCGGGGCCCCCACUCUGACUCUGGUCCCGCUGAGGCCCCGGACGGCUCGUGCAACACGGACCGGGGCCCCCACUCUGACUCUGGUCCCGCUGAGGGCCCGGACGGCUCGUGCAACACGGACCGGGAACCCCACUCUGACUCUGGUCCCGCUGAGGGCCCGGACGGCUCGUGCAACACGGACCGGGGCCCCCACUCUGACUCUGGUCCCGCUGAGGCCCCGGACGGCUCGUGCAACACGGACCGGGAACCCCACUCUGACUCUGGUCCCGCUGAGGGCCCGGACGGCUCGUGCAACACAGACCGGGAACCCCACUCUGACUCUGAACAAAGAGACGUAGCUUUUGCACAGGAGGCCUCAGAGGCAGUUUGCACUAACAGACCCCUCACCCUGAACGGGGUGGAUGUAGCCGACGGGGACGACUCCACAGACGGAGGCAGUGAAGACGACCUCUCUCCGGACGCUGAGGAGGGACAGUCUGACGGGAAGGGCUCCGGGAACGAGACGGAGACGUCGUUGGGUCGGCCGCUCUCCACAGAAGCUCUGGAGGAGUUUGGGGACAUCAGCACCACGGGCUCGGUGCCCUCUCCGCCGCUCCAGGGGGAGACCGCCGCCACGCCCGCCCACUACAGCCAGCUGGCGGAGGACGACGACGAGGACUACGGGGAUUUUGGAGACGCCGGCUCAUUCAGCGGUCAGGGCUUUGCAGACUUUGAACAGCUGGACGUGCAGCAGGAGCCGAGCCGGACGGAGAGUCCUGCUCCUGCUCAGGAAGCUACAAACACAGAGGAGGUGGAGGAGGAGGUGGAGGAGGAUGACUUUGGAGACUUUAACUCCCCCAAAUUUCACGCCAGUGGAACCGUGGGGGAGGAGGAUGGAGGCAAGUUUGAAGACUUCCCCGUCAGCAACAGUUUUGGUAACUUCAGCUCGGCCGCAGACGGGGAGGCGGACACAGGGUGGAGCGCCUUCGGAGAUCAGCAGCAGCAGCAACAGGUGGAGGAGGAGGAGUCCUGGGCGGCGUUCAGCGAGGAGCCGAGCAUCGCACCUCCUGCAGAGAGCAGAACGGAGGAGGAGGAGGAGGAGGAGGAGUGGCAUGAAAGUGAAGUCCCUGCAGUCAGUGAGGAAACCAGCAGCACAGACAGACAGGCGCUGUGCAUCCGGCUGGAGAAGCUGUUUCAGGGCAGCUUCCCUCAGGCGGCCGCUCCCCCGGUGGAGGACCAGGUGAUGUCUCUGAAGAAUCUUCUGGAACCGGAGGAGAACCAUCAGCCAGGAGGCGAGGAGAAGGAGAAGAGGUCGCCCUGCAGCCGGUCAGUUCAAGGCGGCGUGUGGUCGCAGCUUCAGGACAUCCACGAGUCGUUCGGCCUCAGAUACCAGUGGGGGGGCUCCUACUGCAACAAAGCACUACUCUGCUGCCUGGGCAUCGACACCCGCAAUAUUCUGUUCACGGGACAGAAGAAGCAGCCGGUCAUCGUGCCCAUGUACGCCGCCAGCCUGGGGAUGCUGGAACCCACCAAAGAGCCCGUGAAGCCCGUCUCUGCAGCGGAGAUGAUCACCUCGAUAGCCCAGACCCCUCCUCCGGCUCCAGAGACAAAAACCUCGUGUCCCGCAGACUCAGCCCCGCAGGAGGCGCUCCCCCCCGUCCAGUUUGACUGGAGCAGCAGUGGCCUUACCAACCCUCUGGAUGCCAGCGGAGGCUCUUCUCUGUUAAAUCUGGAUUUCUUUGGUCCUGUGGAGGAUUCAGGCUCCAGCAGCUCUCCCUCCAUCCCAGGCGUGGAUCCGGAGCUGUACGAGCUGACGACGGCGAAGCUGGACUCGAGUGGCCCGGGGAGUCGAGUCGCCGACGCCUUCGCCCGCCUGAUGUCCACCAUGGAGAAGACCAGCACCUCCACCAGGAAGCCGAGGAAGGAGGAGAAUCUGAGCGACGAGGCGUCCAAAGUGAUCUCCCUUCUGCCCGACCUCUCCUUCAUGCAGGCCAAAGUUUUGAUGUUUCCCGCCACGCUGACGCCGCUCGGCUGCCAGGCAACCACAGACUAAAGCCCCGCCCCCCUCAACUGACAUCAUCAACCAACACCUAAGCCCCGCCUCCUGACUCGGCCCAUUUUAACCAGUUCUCGUUGUCUUCUUCUUUUGCCGCGGCUCAGUUCUUCCCUUUCAUACUUUUUUAUUUUUAUUAAGUUGCGCUUUUCUUUUAUGAUCACAGGAAACGGGGGGGGAGCGCUCAGACGACGACCUGCACAGAAUAGGAGAUUAAUUAAUUUAUAGAGUUGCUAAUUUAUAGAGGAAGGUGUAGAAGUGUUCUAGAAGAAUCGUCAUGUAUAUAAUCAGGGAUUCAAUGUUUAAUUUCCUUUCUUUUGUUUUUUAUUCUGAAUGAUUUCUGGAUGAUUUUGAGUGUCUGAAGGAAACACUGGCCGAAUCAAAGUGAAGUGGUAUAUAUGUUUAAAUUAAUACAUUUAUAAACAUAUAUAUAAAAUCUAUAUAUAUAUUUAUCGACUUGAAACCACACUGCCUGCAGAAUCCAGCUGAUCGUCUUGUGUUUAAAGGCCUUAGUUUUUACCCGUAGAUUUUAACGUUUCUUUAACCCGAUCCGUGUCUUUCUUUCUGUUUGUAAUUGAACAGCUUUUUAACGUAAAUUAUUUCACACCGCAUUUACUUUUUCCAGUCUAUCCCCCGUUUCUAGAACUGAAGGACGACUGUUUAUAUUUGCUUUGGGAGCCGACUAAACGCUGGUGUGUCUUUUCAUUUUUAUUCCAUGUUUAAUUUUUCUACACAUUCCAGCAUUUGGAUAUAAAACAAGUUUCCUUCCUUGUUUGAGUCCGCACUCACUGUUCCUCAUUUGUUGUUUUGGGGGGGGGGGGGGUUAAAACAGGACUUUUUUUGGGUUAAAACCACUUUAACUUAAGGUUUCUCGUCAGUGAAGGUCGACUCGAAUCAGAAGGGAAUUAAGGGACCAAAGUCUGCUUCCUCGUGUCGGGUUUUGUUCUGUUCCUAAUAUGAAGUGCUUUUUGUUGUUGCCGCUCAUGUUUUGUUGUUGUUUUGCUCAUACUACUGUCAGCCCGUCUCCCAGGAGGAUUUUGCACAUUGUAAAGAUGAAAUGGAUGUAAUCAUAGUUCACUGUGGCUUUAGACUGUGUACAGUUAAACUAUGGACUGUCAAAUGUUACGGGAAAAUUCCUAUGGAAAAAGACUGAAUCACUUGAAGAGCCUGUCAAACGGUUUUCGUGCAUGCCCGGGUUCUUUUGAGACUAUAAGUGUGUAAAUUUUACUUUUAGUGUACACAAGAAAUUAAAAUAGUUAUCUUCUC